AUCAACAUCUGCUCAACAAGAUGGACACGAUUUGCUAUUUUCCAACUCAUAGGUCUUUGGUGAUUCCCAGGAAUGUAAAGUCGUCGAAAAUUUGAAUUAGCUUUCGUCGAUUCGACGAGCACCCUGCGUGCCACAGAUUCUUUGACGACGAACAUUUCGCAUGCCAUUAUUGACACCGAGCUACGCCAACAUUUUAACACGGUAAUGCUACGAUUCAGGUCGGUUGUUUAGAAGAUCGACACCGUGAGGUCAGAUUCGUUUUCAAAAAACUGGUGGAAGCCAUGGUAUUUGAGCUCGAGAUGAUCUAAUCAACCAGUAUAACAAUCAUCUUUCAUUUACAUUGGCAAGCAGCUUUUGAGCAAUUCACACUCCUAGCGGGACACGUGGCUAUUCGUUCCAUCCAGAUAGAUUACGACGACCACAACCAUGUUUUGAUGUCCAUCAUCCGCGAAUAUCAUGGCAUGUGCCUUGCGACCAAUGUCUUAGGUUUCACCACUUGGUGUGCGACUGCAAGAAUGCUUACGCACGGAAAUGCACAAUUAUGUGUGUAUUGUGAAUGCUCUAUAACCAAUGCCAACAUUCACGGCGAUCAUCUCAGAAAGAUAGAUACUCAAUUGCAAGCUAUUUGAAAUUGUGUGACAUCGCGCUUGCAGCACGUCUCGCGGAACAAGAACACGAUUGUUUCGAAAAAGUUGAUGUAUUUUGAAAGCGUAUUGUAUCCAAUGCUUUAAAGUAGGCAGCAUU